CGCUCGCCCUGUCGAUCGCCUGGAAUCCCUGCAAAAGCUGGGAGAGGAGACGCGGCGCCGCCGGCGUGGGGGCGCGGGCAGCCGUCUCCACCGACAGCGCGGUGCGCCGGCCGUGCUCGGAGCGACGCGGGAAGGGAGCGGCUCGUAGCAACAGGUGCAGCCCGAAGCCGCUCCCGGAACGAGGCAGCCGGCCAGGAACCAGGACCCGGUAAGGCGCCGGCGGGGUCUCUCGGUGCGGCUGCCCUGGCGCGUCCCUCCUCCCCGGCUCGGGGCGGGUGCCGCGCAGAGGGACCCCCGCCCGGGAGGGUCCAGAGCGGGGCUCCCGGCACAGAGACGGUCCCAGUAGGCGCAGCCGCCGGGGCCUCGGGCUCGGGAAUCCGCGCGCCCUGCGUGCUCGGGGCCGGGACCCCCCGGCCGUCCUCGGAGCCUUCUUCCCCAGCAGGCGCCGUCGCCAGCGCGCCCGGGCGCCCCGCGCGGGCCAUGGAGCCGGCAGCCGGGAACCUCAGCGACGGGAACGCGAGCGGCCCCGAGCCCCCAGCCCCGGAGCCCAGGCCGCUCUUCGGCAUCGGCGUCGAGAACGUCGUCACCCUGGUGCUGUUCGGCCUGAUCUUCGCGCUCGGCGUGCUGGGCAACAGCCUGGUGAUCACCGUGCUGGCGCGCAGCAAGCCUGGCCGGCCGCGCAGCACCACCAACCUGUUCAUCCUCAACCUGAGCAUCGCCGACCUAGCCUACCUGCUCUUCUGCGUCCCCUUCCAGGCCACGGUCUACGCGCUGCCCUCCUGGGUGCUGGGCGCCUUCGUCUGCAAGUUCAUCCACUACUUCUUCACCGUCUCCAUGCUGGUCAGCAUCUUCACGCUGGCCGCGAUGUCCGUGGACCGCUACGUGGCCAUCGUGCACUCCCGGCGCUCCUCCUCCCUGCGGGUGUCCCGCAACGCGCUGCUGGGCGUGGGCUUCAUCUGGGCGCUGUCCAUCGCCAUGGCCUCGCCCGUGGCCUACCACCAGCGCCUCUUCCAUUGGGAAGUCAGCAACCAGACCUUCUGCUGGGAGCAGUGGCCCAACCAGCGCCACAAGAAGGCCUACGUGGUGUGCACCUUCGUCUUCGGCUACCUGCUGCCGCUUCUGCUCAUUUGCUUCUGCUACUCCCGCAGGGAGACCGCGCAGACGGUUCUGGUGGUGGUUGUGGUUUUUGGGAUCUCCUGGCUGCCACAUCAUGUCAUCAAUCUCUGGGCCGAGUUUGGGGUUUUCCCGCUGACCCCCGUCUCCUUCCUCUUCAGAAUCGCCGCUCACUGCCUGGCCUACAGUAAUUCCUCGGUGAAUCCUAUCAUAUACGCUUUUCUCUCAGAAAAUUUUAGGAAGGCCUAUAAGCAAGUGUUCAAGUGCCACAUGCGCAAUGAGUCACCUCUUAAUGAUACGAAAGAAAAUAAAAGUCGAAUAGAUACCCCGCCGUCCACCAAUUGCACUCACGUGUGAGAGCGUUAGAGCGCUCGUGUGGAGUCUCAGACAGAGCAGGGUACGACAAGGGGUUAGCAAGCCUGCAACUUCUUGUGCUCAUGACAAGUCGCAUCAUUUUAGUUCCACCUGUUUUUGAAAACAAUACUUUAAUCCAUUUAGGAAAUCUCGAGGUCUAGUAAAGAUUGUUUCUAAAUUUUAUUUCAAAAACAAAAGGAAAUGCUACAUAGUUUUUUAUACCUUUACAGAAACGAAAGGUUAAUAGAAUUCCAUCUACAUGUUCAAUUCUUCAUAGGACAGCCUAUAAAGAUGGUCAGGAAUACUGGCGAUCUACAUUUUGAACCCAGUUUAUUUAGAAAAAAACACAUGUAUGUGUUAAUUCUUCAAUUUUAAGAAACGAGGUAAUAUUGCGAGGUAUGUGUUUCAAAAUAUGAUCAUGGAUACACGAUCAAAGUUUGACCCGGAUUUCGUUUUUUUUGUGGCCAUUUAUAUAGAGGCGCAUCUGUUAAAUGGCAGUGAGACUUUGCCAAGUUGAUUUGCACCCGCCUCAUUUGCCCCCAACUGUAAAUAGUGAACACGGUUUCCGGAGAUGAGCUUCACCUGUCUGUGGUCAUGAGGGCCCAUUAACUUCAUCUCUGGAGACAAGCACAGCGGCACAGCGGUGACUCAGGGUGACCGACAUUGGCCCGGUCACUUAAAACUAUUCUGUGAUGUAGGCUUUGUAGAGUUACCUAAAAAAAAUAUCAGGGAAAAUGCGAAGGACGACUAUUCUAAUAGUGGAAGCUUUCAGUGAGAUCCAAGAGGGAACGUGGUCAUUAAAGUUUUACAAAUAUAUCGCCCAGGGUAUUUUGUGUGCCUUGGGUGGAACUGAGCCAAAAGGGAGUAAAAAAAAAUGCCAGUGAGGAUGAUAUGUGGGUAAUAGUUUCUAUGGGGCUGGGAAGAAGUCAGAAUCCAGUAAGACACAUGGUAGUCAUGCCACAUGUGGAAAGCAUACGCAACACGUGAUUCAGAUAACAUUAGAAGAAAAGGAAUCUUCUGAGCAGGUAUACCCAGGGAUAUAUGUUGUACAAACACAUGCUUUGUUUCAUUAAAUUCGUAGUAAUGUUAAAUGCACAUUUACCCCCAAUAUUACUUCCUCAAAAAUGAUCAUAGGCUGAAUUUCAAAUGUACUUUUCACGACAAUUUCGUAUUUAUUCAUGUGUGGAAUGAAAAAUACGGGAUGAAGAGAUUAAAUUAUUCUACCUUAGAACAGUAGUUUUCAGACUCCAGGACUUUGCUAUAUUUUGUGAGAAUACAACAUCAGGAAGACUUUUUGAAAAAGGAUUUAGUGUAAUGCACACCCGUGUCAAAUCAGGAUUCCAUAGGAAAUAUCAAAUUUUAGAUGAAAAAACUCGAUAUAAGUCUUUGCAUGUUAAAUUUUCCAGCUGAUGAAUUCAUUGUCACUAAUCACGCUCCUCCAGCAAAUGGUAUGUACAUUUGCAAUGCUUGAACUGAAUCUCUAGCCAGAACAGGAGAAAAUUCUUCGAAAGGAUGGGAAAUCAUGAGCUCUCAAGUUUGGUGGCUAGGGAAAGAAGUUGCAUGUACGUGUGAUGCCAGUGUUUUAGAGGACAGCCUAAGUCCUUUGCAUGGAAAAUUCUUUGCACUUUAUUCAAGUACAGCCGCAGAAACAUUGUACCCUGACAGUGAUACCUCAUGUCCUUUGUGGAACUUGAAGUCGCCAUUGCAGACGCCAGAACAGGUCGUGUGUGUGUGUGUGUGUGUGUGUGUGUGUGUGUGUGUGAACCCCCACAGCUGUACAAAGAGGUGCCUCCUGGUUGCCUUUGGACUUUAAUGGUUGACAAAGGCUUCCUGCACCCUGGCUGUUCCUUUGUUUUCCUCUUGUGAUUCCUCCACACACGGAAGUACUAGAAGAAAUGCGGGACCUAAUGUUUCUGUUUUCUACGAAGCACGUGGAAGAUGUAUUUACGUACCCACCCGUGUCCCCUUGGACCAUCCCAUUUGUGGAUGGCAUGAUGGAAGCCAGAAGCAUAGCGCCGGAGUCGUAGCCGGCACCUGCGAAACCUCCCAUUUGCUGAGUGUACACGCGGACCUGUUAGACAGGGUAUUUUUCCUGUCCAUCGGCAUUUAAGUCAAUUCCUCUUAUUCAGAGCCUAGUUGGUCCACCGGUAUAAGAAACUUUGAGGCUGAUGAUGACUCGGGUCCUGCGAAGAUCUGAACCUCUGUGAAGCUGUCUGCGUGAGGAGUUCCAGAAGGACCAGAACAGGCUUCAGUUGCCCAGAGAGGCGUCAGAGUGUCUUGCAUUGACCAAGCGCGUGCUUCCUAGGUGGCGGUUUUUCUAACAUAUAAUUAACGCAAGCAAGUCAGAAGCACCUUUGCUUCGUCCUCUAAAUAAAGAAGGCCUCCCUAGGACACGCUUUUUCUUGCAGCGGCCAGGCUAACGGACAAAUGCUGUAUUUGCCUUUGAAGUUGGGCGGCUUGCAAACCAUGUUUCUCGGCGCACUUCAAAGAGAAUUGAUGUCGUCUCCUUAGAUUUGGCUGCCUCGGUGCCAGAAGGCGGUUGUGAUUUUUUUCUGGGCUUUUAGUGUUUCACAUUUGGACACUAGCUCUGGAAUAUUUAAGUGGCCGAAAUGCUGGCUGCUUCACACGGAUGGGGACGGGUUUCAGUCUCCUACUGAGGAAUAUAGUGACGUGGUUGGAACGACUUUCUCACCCCGCGACCCCAGGAGAUACCGUAAGUAGACGCUGUCUGCGUUCUGACCACGUGUGUCCUCAGCAAUGUGGGGACAGAGGCCAUUUUCUGAAUAUUUUAGGUAAAUAUUUUCGCCUUUAAUGAAAUCGUUCAAUGCACACCUUAGGAGUAAAACAGUCAUUUCCUUCUCUUCCUCCGCCCCCACCCUCUUGUGCUCUUCUCGAAAUGUGCUCCUAUCCCGAGUUUCUCACUCUCGUAUCUACCCUGGUGAAAUCCGGCCUUCGACUCAGAUGUGAUGAGUUACAGCGAACAGAGAAGGCGCUUGCUGAACCGCGUGAGUCACUCGUGAGUCAACUUUAACUUGCGGCCUCGAGGAUGAUUGCAUUUGCUCAGCACCUCAGCUGCGUGGAGACGGUGCAGUCGUAGUCCCCGAGUGUUAGCGGAAACCCGGGGCCAGGCUUCUUCUGAGCAGGAGAGAAUAACUUAGCGAGACAUUCAUUUCCUCUCCACAGAUACUGCAGAUGCUUGCGGGUCCCCAAACGCCCGCGUUGAAGCAGCAUUGCGUCAAAUAAAACCAUGUACAGCUUCCCCCUCUUCUUUGCCUAAAAGGAUAUUUUAAAUGCGUGUAUGUAAACCACAUAGUCCUGUAAUUGGGGUAAACCUAUCAGUGUGGCUGCUUCCACCGGACCCUUCUCUUCUGAAAUUUGUAAAUUGUGAUCGACACUGACUGCAGGUAUCUCCCACGUUUGAAAUUUGUAACCGGCUUUCUUCCUAAGGCGAUCCUGUUCUUGGCCGUUAGAGAGUGCUCCCUAUUAGGCUGUCUGUCAAGUGGAUGUUACUGACUUGUGUAUUAUAAAAAAGCCAUCUAUACGAAGAGUAGGUGGCCCCAAAUGCUGAUGGCCACCUAUUGUCUUAGGAAGAAAAAAUGACAGGAUGGCAGUUGUAUUUCAAUUUAUAAUGUACUUUGAUUUUUCUCUUUUAGAAGAGGAAAAGUUGGGGCUGAGGAACAACUGCACGCACCGACCACGUCUUUGGUGUGGGCUGUGCCUGCGGAAGGCCAGCAUGUCUGGGGAGGGUGUCGGAUGUGUGUUUAGUGUCUUAGGCGUGGCAGAUUCACUCAUAGUCACCUUUGUCACUCUGGCUGCCCUGCUGGGCCUCUGGGACAGGCACGUCUGCUUGAUUGGGCGUGAUCUUUAGGAACAUUAGCAGGCCGGUGCAUUUGCACCUCCGCUGGGCUCAGCACCGCUCACCGCUGGCUCCCGAGCUCGCGCUCAGCACACCCCUCUGCCAGAACUCGGGUUGUGUCCUGGGCGCAGCUGCGGCGGGAGGGGCCUUUCUAGGGGGUGAGGAGGAAGCUCUUAGCUCUGAGUACACCGUGGAGACGACCUCAGCUGGACUCGCUCUGUCUGUUCCGACCUUGGCUGAGUUUUCUCUACUUAAACAACUGCAUGGAGAACUGAUUGCAUAGAGAAGGGUUUUGAUGUCACUUUGGGGGUGGAAAGCCUCAUCCUUUCUGCUGGGGAACAGAUCGCUGGAUAUCUCUAGGUACGUCGUGCCAGUCCAGAUUUUCAGCAUUAGGGAAGUCAAAACAAAGAUCACCAGCUGCUGAUCGACGGGAACCGGGAUCCACCAUUCAGAGUCUUUACUCUCAGGCAGUGAUGAUCAUUAAGGUGACCUAUAAACUGGGAUGAACCUUGUGGUCCACUCUGGGUUUUCUACCGGCCACCACGCACUAUAUAUGGAGCCUUACUUCAAAAGAUUGAAUAUUGACUGUUAAAACGGAACCUACUUUUGUGUGCUUGUUCUCAAGACCACUGUGGAUCUGUUAAGCUCCUUUUUCUCCUGUGGUGGGCUUGUUCCGGGCAGUCAAGGUAACAUGCCAUCCAGCGCGUAAAACGGGGUGGUCCCGGGAGGGGACGGUGAAGAAAGGAAGUGACUGGCAGCAUUUUACGCUGUGGUGAGCAUCAGUGUGAGUGUAAGCACACCUCCAGGCACCGGAAAGGCCGUGAGGCCACGCCUCCAGACACCGGAAAGGCGGUGGAAGCCAGCCUCCAGGUACCGGAAAGGUGGCGGUGGGGGCCAAUCUUGUCCGGAGCGAUUUGUGUGUGUGUGUGUGUGUGUGUGUGUGUGUGUGUGUGUGGCAAGGUGCCCAUGUUGCCAGCAUUGUUGAUGUGGCAGAUGAAGUAGGAAGUUUGGCUGUGACAGGACAUGCCCACUUGUGGAGCGGGGUACCAGUGAUGGAAUGGGAGCCUUUGGGAUGUAACGGCUGUGUCUUGAAUGUUCACAACGUGGCAGAGCAUCACCUGGGUGUUGGUGGUAGACCCUGCUCCUUGGGGCUCCGGAUGGUGUAGAUCUUCGACCGUGCACGGAGGCAGGAGAGUGGGACCUCGGGGGACAGGCACCAGCUGCGUCCUCUGCUGUUCAGCCAGAGGGCAUCUGCUUCCUCUGCCCUUGGAUUUCCGUGUCCGGUUUCACCGAAAGUUAGAAACAAUGAAUCCAAGGCACACGUUACCCACCGUUUGUAUUGGAUUUUUCUGGUCACGCCUCCACUCACUGUUUGUAUUACUUAUGCAACUUGUGAUCCUAUCUGUUCUCCUCUGCUCCUUUCUUAAGGUCAAUCGUAUUUCUGUGCUUGAGAUCCUCCAGAUUUUGUCAUCGUUGAGGGAUCCCUGAAUGACCCAAGUCCAACACUUUUCAUAUCUUCAUUGUUCGGCCGGGCUCAUGACAUCUUCCUGGUUGCCCUAUCCAUAGCCUUCCAUUUAACCGUGAAGUGUCGGAAACACAAGCUUUCAGAGAAAAGUUCCUUUUGUAAGGAUCACAGAUGACCAGUUUCUUCAGAGAAUCGAAAGGCAGUUGAGCAGGCCCAUGGGCACGUCUGUCCUGAGGGCCCUCUUUGGGGUGCUGGCUCUGGUGAUGUCACACCCACAAGAGCUCGUGUCCUGUGAGUGACUGUCACAGCAGAUGGGAGUCAGGAGGUGGGCACCUGGCUGUGGCUGCAGCAGGUCUCCGGGCGUGCUCCCUCUGCUUCUGCAGGAUGAGUCGUCCCGACCUACCCUGCCCCUCCCUGCAUCCACUUUGCCAAGAGAUUGGACCAGGCAAAUGGCCUAUGAUCCCUGGGCCAGAAAGAGCUCUUUCUGACGUGUCAGGAGUGAAGGCAAAAUAUAGGUGAGCACCUUGGGGCGCAGAGCAGCCAAAAUGAAAGGGUCAGAAUGGGUGUCUUGCCACUUAACCUGCUAUCAUAGGUACCGCUAGUUAAACAGUCUCCGUUUGGAAACCACAAAAGUCCCAGAGAGCAGAAGCACGUGGGGAGGUGGAAACCUUCCCAUCUCCUUAGGAAGAAAAACUCAAUGUAAACAUGCAAUUGUGGCACAUUUCAGUCUAGCUCUCAGAGAAACUGUUGAUAACCAUAGAAACCGUGUCAAUUUCCCAUCAAAGAGCCGGUUGCGGGGGUGUAGACAUACAUAAGAAGUGUGUUGCAAUAAUGCAGCUCAGGAUCAGGCAGCACACAGGGAGGUGGGGAGCGUGGGUAGGCGCAUGAGUCCUAUUUAUCCUCAGAGCCCUGAGGUCCCGUGAGGAACUUUACAUGGAAUAUACUUACUGAGUGAGUGAGCAGAUGCCUAGUUUGUGAUAUUUUCAGCAUAGGGCCAGCUAGCCUGGACAAAGAAUUAAAUUUAAUAAUCCUCUCGUUAUUAAAUCAGAUUAUACUUUGGGAAUAUUUACAAACCAGAAAUGGAUACAUAAAUAUUGUUUGCCAUAUAUUGAUUUUCUGAGAGUCAGGCUUCAUGGCCACGUAUUUCGUAAAGACUGAAGGUGUGACACCGAGGGAUAGGAAUGCCAAGUUUUCUUGAACCUUGUUGGUGAAUCUUGUAAUUUCUCAAGUUAUAGCUGCACAGGAGAGCUGUGCAUUGCAGAAAAGGUAAGGGACAUUAGGUUUGGUUUGAUCCUGUGGCUAAGGUUGCUGAUGGAAAUGCUGUCUUUGGUAUUCUCACAUAUGAAAGAAAAGUUGAACGGGAUGAACAAGUCUCUAAAGGGAAACACAUUUGAAUGAGCGGGAAAUUCUGCAGGAGGUACGAAUGAUACUCUGGGCUCACCUUAUGGCCGUGAGGCUCUGGGCUCACCUUAGGACCAUGGUUCUCAGCCUUUACCAAGUAUCUGAAUCACCUGAAGAGUUUGUUAACACAGAUUACCGGGCCUCACCUCCAGAAUUUCCAAUUUAGUACCUUUGGGGUAAAGCCCCAAGAUUUGUAUUUCUAACAGGCUCUUUGGUGAUAUUGAUGCUGCCGGUCCAGGGACCCCAUUUUCAGACCUCCUUCCCGAUUUGAUUGGGUUGGAGGUGGAGCCCAAGCAUUUUUCAAGGCCUCAGGCACACCGCCAGAGUUAAGAACCAUUCAAACUGAGUGGAUGGUCCUCUGUAAGCCAAAACUUGAGUGGUUCUAUGAAAAAGUAAUUCCUUCUGUGAGAUCUAAAUCGAUCAGAUUUCAUUGUUUACAUUGAUCUGAUUCAUAAAAUAUCUGUUCAACUAUUAUAUUAGCCUAUCUGCAGAAAUUUACAUAUUUUCGAAGCGUGAGAGAGUUGGAUAACUUACAUGUAAGGAUUUCAGAGAUUAUCAUAUUUUUCCCAUCAAAAAAAAAUAGCUUGGUGGAAAAGAGCACUUGUACAUUAAUUUUGUUGUCUCCCCCAAUAUAGAGAAGUGAAUACUGCAUUCCAGUUGUUACGUGUGAAUUUUUUAACUCAAUGUUGAAAUGAAAUAUAUGCAUGUCUUUCUGUGCAGCUGCUGAUUUUUAACAGCAUUAUUAUCUCUAAGAGAUAAAUGUAACUUCUCUGUGUAAGGUUUUCAGUUAAUUAUCUCCCGAUAACAUAGUAGUAUGUAUAACGAAGAAAAUAUGUGAAUAUUGAUUUUUUUUUUAAUUUUACCAACGUGAUUGCUUAAACACUGCUGUAGAAAUAAUAAUGAACGUGGAUCUUCCUACACCAGAUGCUGUUACAACUACUCUCUGGAGUUUGUUUCUCUAAAAUGUCUUAUCAUCUAUAAAUUUAGCAUGAAUACCAGUAAACUCACAAAGCCGAAUGCCAAAAAUUAAGAGUUGUGUUAAUCUAUGUAGUACCAAAUGUAGACAUCCUAAAUCACUCUGUGUUCUGCAUGAAGUCUGGUGGAUGUGUGUUUUGAACCAAUUUCUUGAACUGAAAAUAAAAUUAUGUUCCUUAAAGUA